UGGGAGAAAAUGCAAAAAGAGACAGCAGGAGGUGCCACACAGCAUCCCCCCUACGCCGAAACUAAAAUGAACAAACCACCCCCGCGAAACACAAGAGCCAUCACCGGUGAAAUACAAAGCGGAAAAAACCUUCUCUCGCGACAUGCCCACCACGAGCGAAGACCAGCCCGCUGACACCCGAGAGCUUAGAAGUUGUUCUCUAUCAUUGAACCAUCGAAAAAGAAAAACCACUCAGACCGCGUUUUCUCCCUCUUACUCCCGCAUGCGGGGGAAAGAACGAUCAUCAAUGGCUGACGGCAGUUGCCGCGAAGCAACACCAUGAAGCCGGCUUCACGCUCAGGAGAAAACGCUACGUCUCUUCCUCGUGGUUUUCGGUGCUCUACACGUUCAGAGAAACUUCUCUAGUCACAAACUAUAGAAAUGAUCCCUGAAAGUAUAGUCUUAGCAACCUCCUCGCAGCCUCUGCUAGCUCUACAUCUGCCGCAAACUUUUCACUGAUGGCGAGAUACUUUCGCUAGUUCCGAUGCCAUUAGGAAACAAAUAGGAAAAUAGUUUGGCAAUAACAGCUUUUCGAAUAUUAUCACCUGACAAAUUUUAACGUUUUAGGUGGAAAGACAAAGUCUCGCUCUGUCCUCAGAGGCAGGAGUACAAUGGUGUGAUCAUAGCUCACGAUCACCUUGAAAUCCAGGACUGAAACGAUCCUCCCACCUCAGCCUCCUGAGUAGCUGGGAUUACAGGAGCAGUUUCAGUCUCAACUUCAAAAGAACAAACGCGCACUCAAAACAAAGGAAGACGGUCCUCGACUGCAGAGGAAGCAGGAAGCUGUCGGCCCAGCUCUGAGCCCAGCUGCUGGAGCCCCGAGCAGCGGCAUGGAGUCCGUGGCCCUGUACAGCUUUCAGGCUACAGAGAGCGACGAGCUGGCCUUCAACAAGGGAGACACACUCAAGAUCCUGAACAUGGAGGAUGACCAGAACUGGUACAAGGCCGAGCUCCGGGGUGUCGAGGGAUUUAUUCCCAAGAACUACAUCCGCGUCAAGCCCCAUCCGUGGUACUCGGGCAGGAUUUCCCGGCAGCUGGCCGAAGAGAUUCUGAUGAAGCGGAACCAUCUGGGAGCCUUCCUGAUCCGGGAGAGCGAGAGCUCCCCAGGGGAGUUCUCUGUGUCUGUGAACUAUGGAGACCAGGUGCAGCACUUCAAGGUGCUGCGUGAGGCCUCGGGGAAGUACUUCCUGUGGGAGGAGAAGUUCAACUCCCUCAACGAGCUGGUCGACUUCUACCGCACCACCACCAUCGCCAAGAAGCGGCAGAUCUUCCUGCGCGACGAGGAGCCCUUGCUCAAGUCACCUGGGGCCUGCUUUGCCCAGGCCCAGUUUGACUUCUCAGCCCAGGACCCCUCGCAGCUCAGCUUCCGCCGUGGCGACAUCAUUGAGGUCCUGGAGCGCCCAGACCCCCACUGGUGGCGGGGCCGGUCCUGCGGGCGCGUUGGCUUCUUCCCACGGAGUUACGUGCAGCCCGUGCACCUGUGAGCAGCCCGGCGGCCGAUCUGGCCAACGGGCCUUUUUACAGGAACUGAGGUCCAGAGAGGACAUGGACACCCCCAGCUCGGUCAGAGUCACACGGGGCUCAGUGGACGGCCUUGGACUGAACGUGGGCUCCUAACUGCCUCCGGCCGCUCUGCACAAACUGGGAUGGCCCAGGUCCCCCAGCAAGGGUACCCAGCAAGGGUAGCUCCGGGGCUUCCUGGCUGGUUGCUUUCCAUUGGCUGCCAGCUGUGUGACACCACAGGGCGGAGUCUGUGCAGGCCCCGCCCACCUCCUCUUGUCAAUGGCCCCAUCUGCCAGGAAGGUUGAGGACUCCCAGGUUUCACCCACUGGAGGCUCAACCUAAGGAACCCUGGCCAUGGUGGGUGGGUUCACCUUGGGCUGACCACCCACUGGGCCUGCCUGCCCCUCCCUCAAAAGGCCCCUGGAGUUGUUCAGGCUGUUGGGAGGUGGCUCAGCCUCGAAGGACAGACUGCACACCUGUUGACCUAAACUCACUGGACAGACUCCAGGUGGACACCAACUCCUCAACAGCCCCAUGACUUCAGCUCCACCUGGGGCACCCAGCACCCCACCACAGGGCUAGAGGCCCUGAGACCCUGAAAAAGGGGCGGGCAGUAGGGAAGGUGGAGGCACACUCCUCUUCUGUUGGACAGGUGAGCUCUGAGGGCAAGCCCUGGGCCCAGCCACGCAGAGACCCUGGCUGCCCUGGCUCUUGUUUGUUUAGGCCCAGGUUCUGCCCACACCGGGGCCCAGCAGAGCUCUCAGGAGGCUGAGAAACCUCCACGGCAGACAGAAAGUUGGGGCCAGAGCUAGGUUUUAGAGAUCCUACAGGAUCCCACAUGGGACGGCUACCUAGGUGGGGCACGGCCCCUACCCAAGAACAGGAGGGUCCUCCAGAGAAUGUGCCACCAUCAGGGAUAUGAGCAGGGCCUGCCCAGAGCCUGGGCACCUUUGGGAGAGGGAAAAGUGAGGUGGGACUUGGAAAGGCUUUGAACGCCAGGCUGAU